AUGUACAGCCAGCGGUUUGGCACCGUACAGCGGGAGAUUAAGGGCCCCACUCCCAAAGUUGUGAUCGUGAGAGCCAAGCCUCCCAAAGGCCAGAGGACGGAGCGACACCUGGAAAGAAUCCAACGCAGCCAUCAGGAGCAUCGUGCUAUUUUGGCUUCCAUUAAGUCAAAUGAGCGGGAUCGUUUGAAAGUUGAUUGGGACCAGCACAACAACCACAAGUUUUUGGACAGCCUCGUGCGAGCAAGAGUCAAAGAUGCUGUGCAAGGGUUUAUUAUCAACACUGAGGAAAGACGAAAUAAGCUACGUAAUCUUUUGGCAUCAGAAGAAAAUGAGUAUUUUACUGAAAUGCAAUCGAAAGAAGAAACCACUGAGGAGAGAAAAGAUAGAAUGAGGGAGAAAACCAGAUUAUUAAAAGAGAAGAAAGAAAAAGAGAGACAGGAUUUUGUGGCUGAAAAGCUAGACCAGCAAUUCAGGGAACACUGUGAGGAGCUCCGUGUUGAAUUGUUUUGCAUCCAUCAGAAGAAGGUGUGUGAGGAGCGGAAAGCACAGAUAGCAUUUAAUGAGGAGCUGAAGAGGCAAAAACUGGUGGAAGAGCAAAUGUUCUCAAAGCUCUGGGAGGAAGACCGAUUAGCCAAGGAGAAGCGAGAAGCCCAAGAGGCGAGGAGACAGAGAGAGCUGGUGGAGAACACACGCCUGGGGCUGAAUGCCCAGAUCACCAGCAUCAAGGCACAAAGGCAGGCAGCACAGCUGCUGAAGGAAGAGGAGGCACGCCUUGUGGAAAAUGACAAUGCACAGGUUAAACUUGAAAAUGAACAGGAUAAGCUAAAGAAACAGAAGACAAAACAGGAAAUCAGGACUGCUUUGCAAAAAGCCCUACAAGAGAAGACAGAGCAUAUUCAACAGGAAUACAAAGAAGAGCAGGACUUGAACAUGAAGCUUGUGCAAAGGGCCCUUCAAGACUUACAGGAAGAGGCAGAUAAAAAGAAGCAAAAAAAAGAAGAUAUGAUAAGAGAACAAAAGAUAUACCAAAAAUAUGUGGCACAGCAACGUGAGGAAGAAAAAGCUCAGGAGAAAGAAUUGGACAGAAUAUUAGAGGAAGAGAAGGAAAAGAAGUUUGCUGAGAAGGACAAGGAGCUGAGACUUGAAAAGGAGGCAAGAAAACAACUCAUGAAUGAGGUCAUGUGUACAAGAAAACUUCAAGUUCAAGAAAAGUUGCAACGAAAAGCCAAAGAAGAGGAAGAACGUGCUAUGGAACAGGAACGCAUAAACAAAGGUCUCAAAGAACUUAACUGUGAAGAGAAGCAGAAUUUUGCAAGACGCUACAAUUUAGCCCAGGAGUACAGGAAGCAACUUCAGAUGCAAAUAUGCUACCAGCAGCAGAACCGAGAAGCAGAGAAGGAAGAGAAACGCCGAGAGUUUGAAGCAGGGUUAGCAGAAAACAAGAUUUGCCUGGAAAAGAUCCAGGACAUCCUGUCCACCCAUCAAUUGCUGCCUCGAAACAUUCAUCCCAUGCGGAAGGCAUGCCCUGAUAAACUUCCAUCAUAGUUUCAUAACCAUCAAUACAUCUUUCUUGGUCUUUUAAUAUUUUUAGCUACAG